UUUUUAGGCGAUCGGCCGAUCUCCCAUCCGUAAUGGGCAGUGGGGACACCGUAUAACCGACCACAGCGAGAGUCAGCGAGAGGAUGGACCCAGCCAGACUGAGACUGUGAGAGUGGCUUUGCUGUGCUGUAGGCUACGUCUGUCUGAGCGUGGCCUGGGCCUGUGUUAUCACGAAGGCCACGGUCUGAAUCUGACGCUCGCUGCGUGUCAGCACAGAGCACAGCCGCACUGUGUUUUGGCGCCUGUAGCCUAGGUGUGUGCAACUGACUGAUCUGCCUUGCUAUUUUUAGGUAGCGUACUGUGUGCGUAUUCUACUCGAAGAUCCUGUAUACGUACGAUCAAAGUUGAGAAUCUUUGGUACGAUAGAAGGCUACGGUAGUAGAUAAUCUUUGAUCGCCGCAUCUAGAUCUAUCGGCUCUGUUAUUGACUCUUGCCUCUUGUUUGAGUGCGGUGAGCGAGUGCCACAAUGGAUUCAUCUUCAGAUGAAGAUAUUGGAAUCGCUCUUGCUCUUUAUGUGCUAUCGAGUGAAAAAAGAAAGCGACGCUUUCGCGCUCACCCAAUAAACCAAGAGCGAGAACGCAGAGGGGUCAUGGCUAAGCUGUACCCUCAACUGUGUGAUGAUGAAGAUAAAUUUUAUAAUUAUGCUCGGAUGAGCAGAGCCUCUUUCGAGGAGCUCUUAAUUGCUGUCCAAGACGAUAUUCGCAAACAAGAUACAAACUUUCAACAGGCAAUAUCCCCACGAGAAAGACUUCUAUUGACCCUUAGAUUUCUUGCCACUGGAGAAAGUGCAAGGAGCUUGCACUAUCAGUUCCGAAUGGGCGACAGCACUGUGCGCAAGGUUGUGUAUGACACCUGCGAACGUCUCUGGGAGAAACUGUUGGACAAGGAAAUGCCCCACCCUACUGAGACGACUCUGAAGGAAGAAGCAAACGCCUUUGAAAACAUGUGGCAGUUCCCCCACUGUUUAGGAGCAGUGGAUGGGAAGCACAUAAACAUUGAAAUCCCCCCCAACUCUGGAAGUGCUUUUUUAAACUAUAAUAAGAAAGACUUUUCCAUUGUUUUACAAGGUGUGGCUGACGCAAAAGCCAACUUCCUCGCAGUUGAUGUAGGGGAAUCAGGAAAUCACUCAGAUGGUGGGAUAUUCAAACAUUCUUCCUUUGGCAGGGCUUUACUGCAGCAGCAGCUGCCUCUCCCGCAACCUGAUGCGGUUAUGGGAGAAGUCUUGCCGUAUGUGUUUGUGGCUGAUGAGGCUUAUCCACUUCAUCCAAACAUAAUGAGACCCUUUCCUGCCAGAGGCCUUGAUGACCGACGUAGGUAUUUCAAUUACCGGUUGUCGAGGGCACGGCGGGUUGUGGAGUGUGCUUUCGGCAUAAUGGCACAGAGGUGGGGGGUUUUAAAGACAACAAUGAGGGUCAACCCUGACAAGGCCAGGAAAAUUAUACUAGCUUGUUGCAUACUCCAUAAUUUUGUGCGGAGACAACAAGAUGAGAGUGUGGAUUCUGCUGCCGAGGAAGCAUCGACAGAUGAAAACCCCUUCCAGCAACAGCGUAGUAUUACAGAAAGAUCCAUGUCCAGUACUGGGAGGCCACCCCAAGAGGCAAUGGAAGUACGAGAGAAAUUUGCAAAUCUUUUCGUCACUGGUCUUGCGGUACCCUGACAAUCUGAAGGGGCUUAUGUUCGUUCUGCUGUAAAUCCAUGAUUAUGUAACUUGCAAUACAUUUAGCUUCAGCAACUUAUCAAAUCUUUAUAUUUCUACAAAUGAUGUUUAUUAUGUAUAACAAUUUGCAUUAUGUUGUAAGUUUUAUAAGGGUGACCUUAUUUAGGCCACAUAUGGCCUCAUAGGCUAACCCCCCCUCCCUAACCUUAUUUAGGCCACAUAUGGCCUAUAUAAGUUUAUUCUUACUAGUUGUCACUAUUUUCAUUAUAUUAUAAUUUAUAAGUUAUGCACUUGUGACAAAACUUUACUAAAUUACGAGAAAGGUGCAACGUUGCGAUAGCAGAACAAACUCAGUUGUGUGAAAAGGGUAGUUUUGAGCUAUGUGUGGCCUAAAUUUAAGGUUACCGUGGGGUCUUCGCGGUAUAUAGGCCAAUGUGGGCUAAAUAAGUACUCCCAAGUUAUUUUCAAUGGGUGUAAGAUUAAUAAAUUUUUUUAAAUUUUAAAAA